AUGGAUCAGGUGUUAUCAGGCCUACAAGGCACGGAGUUAUUUGUAUACCUCGACGAUAUAGUUUUGUAUGCCAGCUCAUUGCGUGAGCAUAUUAUUAAGUUUAGCAAGUUAGCCGACAGACUCAGGAAAGCAAAUCUGAAACUCCAACCAGACAAGUGCGAGUUUUUGAAAAAAGAAGUCGUAUACUUAGGUCAUGUAAUAAGCGCGGAAGGGGUAAAGCCCGACCCACAAAAGGUCCAGGCCGUAGAGAAAUUUCCCCGCCCUACAAGCGCUAAAAACAUCAAACAAUUUUUAGGGCUCGCGGGAUAUUAUCGCCGGUUCAUACCGGAUUUUUCAAAGACCGCAAAGCCGUUGACAACCCUAUUAAGGAAAGAUAAAGCAUUUGUUUGGUCAGGAGCGCAGGAGGAGGCCUUCACGCAAUUACGUCAAGCAUUAUGUUCGAAACCGAUACUACAGUAUCCGGAUUUCACGCAACCUUUUGUUGUGACAACCGACGCUUCGGGUUACGCUAUUGGCGGCGUGCUGAGUCAGGGCACUAUAGGGAAAGAUUUACCGAUCGCUUACACAUCACGUCUACUGAACACCGCCGAAAGUAAUUACUCCACAAUAGAAAAAGAACUUUUGGCUAUCGUUUAUUGUGUCAAUUACUUUAGACCAUAUCUCUACGGGCGAAAGUUUACCCUUGUCACCGACCAUAAACCUCUCGUUUGGUUACAUUCAGUAAAGGAUCCCACAUCACGAUUCGUUCGAUGGCGUUUAAAAUUAGCCGAGUAUGAUUACGAAGUUGUAUACAAAGCUGGAAAAGCAAAUGCAAACGCAGACGCUCUAUCUAGAAACCCUGUUUCCCACGGAAUCUUCCCCUUAUCCCGAGAUAAACGAAACACGACACCGCUUCGUCGGUCCGAACGCAUUAAAAACCGACAGCCGGCUGCAAUAAAACCGUCACAAAACUUAAACACUGACCUGACGCGCCCACUUGAGCCAAAUGCGACCGAGAAAUCGCGCCCUCAAAAAGUCGUAAAAUUUAAUCUUCCCUCAGAAAUAGAAUCACUAUCCGACAGCGAAAGUGACUCUGAAUCAGACGAACCCCUCUCAGACCCUGCAAACGAACUGCCACUUCCAAACGAUGCUCAAAUAAUUGACGUACGCGACAAUCUACAGACUCGUAACGAUAAUAUCGUGAUCUUUACAACGCUCAAUGGCGAACCGUGCGAUAUCGGAGCGCGCAUCCUACGGGAAUCAAAUCAAUUACCGCGGAUAGAAGGAACUAUGGUAGGCCGCGCAAAGGUCAUUAAUUUAGGGAAGAAAAAUUUAAUCGCACUCAUAAUUGAAGAACGCGUCUCUGCCACUUUACAGUUAGAGACAUUAAAAGAAGUGAUAGGCUCACUUUGUGACGUAGUCAACGAGCUCCAGCUCAAAACAGUAUCACUAGCUAGAGGUCCCGUUAUCGAUAUCACCCGGAAUACAAUUCGCACCCUUCUGGCGCGAGAAUUUAGAGACUCUCCGGUCAAAAUCAUAAUUUGUUCUAACGAAAUAAAGAUUCCUUCGGAACAAGACCGCACAGACAUCAUCAAAGAAAAUCAUUGCUCCGCGAUAGGUGGCCAUAAAGGAGUCACUAAAACUCUAAAUAGAAUUAAAUACAAAUAUCAUUGGUCUAAAAUAAAAGAGGAUGUACAAAACUUUAUUCGCAACUGUCGUGAUUGUCAAUUAAAGAAAUUAGUACGUUUAAAAACCAGACAACCAAUGACUCUGACAGAUACCCCCAACAGCGCGUUCGAGAAAAUAUCCAUGGAUAUUAUGGGUCCUCUACCCAUGACCGAAGAUGGGUACAGUUAUAUCCUGACCAUUCAAGACCUUUUGUCCAAAUAUUCCCUCGCUAUUCCAUUAAGGUGUACCACCGCCUCAGACAUAGCCGAAGCGUUUGUAAACGAAUUUAUUUGUACGUUUGGUGUUCCUAAAGCGGUUCUCACUGACCAGGGUAGAAACUUUGUAAGCAGCCUCAUGAAAAAUGUGGCACGAAAAUUUAAAAUCAAACAAUGCAGAACCACUGCAUAUAGGCCGCAAUCGAACGGCUCUGUGGAGAGAUCCCACCAUGUUUUGUGUGAAUAUUUGAAACAAUUCGUCGAAAAGGAUAAUUGGAAUGAGUAUCUCAGGCUAGCGUGUUUUUCUUACAAUACCAGCGUGCACGAAGGUAUCUGGUACACGCCGCACGAGCUCGUUUUCGGGAAAGUCGCCGAAACUCCGUCAAGCGACCCUCCAUUAGACAUGGAAAAAAAUGAAACUUAUUCCCAAUACCUAAGCGACCUAUUCAAUAAAAUUUGCGACGUUCAGAAUAUAGUACGCAAAAAUUUAAUCAAUUCUAAAUUAAGAUCCAAACACUACUAUGACCGAAAAAUGCGACCGCAAAACUUUAAUAUAGGUGACUUCGUGUACAUGCUGAGGGAACCUUUGAAAAAUAAGCUAUCUAGCCAAUAUAUGGGACCUUAUAAAAUAAUUGAAGUAUUAGGAAACAAAAACGUUAAGUUAGAAAUAAAAAGAGAUAAAACGCGUACGGUUCACACCGAUAAACUUAAGUUAGCCGUAGGAAACAUCCCCACUCCUCCUUAG